UGUGCAUGUGCAUUCACGUGGGCUUUUUGGGCUACAUAUCUUCAAACCUUGUUGGCCGGUAAUUUUCAGUAAGAUUUGUGUUCACUUGGGUUGUGAUAUAAAAUGCAUCACUUUGCCUUUCUCGGAAUUUUGAUGCUGUUAUCUUUUCCAUCUGUGGUCUAUCCUGGUCAAAUUUUGGUAUAUCCAGUUGAUGGAAGCCACUGGAUUAAUAUGAAAGUUCUCAUUAUGGAAUUACACUCAAGAGGUCAUAACAUCACGGUGAUUCGAGGUUCAAGUAGCAUGUAUAUUAAAGAAGAAUCACCCCACUACACUUCCAUCACUGGGGAUCUGGGAGCAUUUGAUAAUGAUUUUUUAACGUCUUUUGUGUCUCAGUUGUUACAAGCUCAAAGACGAAAAAUAUCUUCUUGGCAAAAAACCAUGUUUGCAGUGGAGGUCAUGAAGAAGUUUUCCCAAGUUCAUAAAGAAAUUUGCAACAUGACUGCCAUGAUAUUUGAAAAUGAGACCUUGAUGACAUCUUUGCAGCAGGCUAAAUUUGAUUUGGUUUUAGCUGACCCUGCUAUGGGAGGAGGUGCGCUACUAGCACACAAACUUGGCCUCCCUCUUGUGUUCAAUGUUCGUUGGACUGUUCAAGGAGAGGGCCAUUUUGCCAUUGCUCCAUCCCCUCUAUCUUAUGUACCUGUUCCUGGAGCAGAGCUCACAGACAAAAUGACAUUUUUUGAGAGAGUUACAAAUGUGUUGAUUUACUUUAUCAGUAACUAUCAACAAUCUAUUUAUUUUAAUCAACAUUACAAAGUUUUUUGCCAGAAAUAUUUUGGACCUGGCGUAGAUUACCUUUCCAUUUUACAGAAUGCAGAUAUUUGGCUAAUGAGAAAUGACUUUACUUUUGAAUUUCCACGCCCCACAAUGCCAAAUGUGGUCUAUAUGGGUGGUUUCCAGUGCAAGCCCUCUAAUCCACUUCCUGAUGAUCUAGAAAAGUUUGUCCAGAGUUCAGGGAAACAUGGGGUCAUCAUAAUGUCUUUGGGAUCUCUUUUUGGAGAACUUCUAGAUGACAUUACAGAUGAGAUAGCAGCAGCCUUUGCCCAACUACCUCAAAAAGUUAUUUGGAGACACACAGGAGCUCGACCUUCUACCCUUGGCAAUAACACAUUAUUAGUGAACUGGAUGCCACAGAAUGACCUACUUGGACACAGCAAGACUAGGGUCUUUGUAGCCCAUGGAGGAACCAAUGGUAUACAGGAGGCGAUUUAUCAUGGAGUUCCCAUUUUAGGUCUACCUAUAGCCUUCGAUCAACCCGAUAACCUGUCAAGAAUGAGAAAAAAGGGAACAGCUAAAGUCCUGGAUAUUUCUGAACUGGACAGAUCAAUAUUUUUAGAAGCAUUAAAGGAGGUGCUGUAUAAUUCAUCUUAUAGAGAGAACAUGCAAAAGUUGUCUCGACUGCAUCAUGACCAGCCCAUAAAGCCUCUCGACCAUGCAAUCUUUUGGAUUGAAUAUGUUAUAAGGAAUGGAGGUGCCCCUCAUUUGCGCUCACACUCUUUCAGGAUGUCCUGGAUUACUUAUCACUCUGUAGAUGUAAUGCUAACAUUGCUUGGGGCUGUGCUGCUUUCUUGCUGGCUGACUUUUUUGGUGCUGAGAUAUUUUUGUUUUACAGUCAUUGUUAAAAAGAAACUUAAACCUCAGUAAUAUGAUUGCCUAACAUAUGUAUACAUGAAACCUGUAAUUAUGUACUGAUAUAUUGGUUAAAUUAGUAUAAACAUCUACAAAGUUUUCAUGUUUUAAGAUUUAAAUUAUUAUUUAUAAUUUGUCAUACUUCAUAUAGUAAUGAAUGUGUAUGCAUGCAAAAUCAAAUGUAAAAUGUAUGAAGUGUAAAUUCUAACAGUUAGAAGCAAAUUUAUGACAUACCAAUUAAAUCCCAUUUUUAUCAAUUCUAAUGCUGCAGUUGAGGACAAAGUUGCGAUUUGUAAUUCCCAGCCUACAGCUAAUAAAAUCCACCAAAAAUGGUCCUUGGCAAUAUGAGGUAGACUUGUCUGUUACCAUUUUCUUUUGUGGAGUGAAAUUAAAUUGACAUGACCGUGCACAAUAUAA